AUGGCCGAGGCGCCUCUGUUGUUGAGGCCUCUAAUGCAAUGGCAGAGGCUCCGCCACCUCUGCUUCUCCGGCGAAACACUCUACCACCACCUCUCCUUCACCUCUUUCCAGUCGCCGUUCGGAUACUCCUCAAAUACCACCGGCCUAGUUCACCGGAAAAUCUUACUCGCCAAUUCAGCUUCCCCCAACUAUUAUCAGCAAUACCGCGGACUCCAUCUUCGAACACGCGCUCUUAAAUUGCGAGAUGUGCCGCUUCGGUCCAAUUCCAGUUCGAGCGACAGCGAUAGCGAUGGCGAUGAUGCUUCUUCCUCCGAUGGUGCCGUUAGAAAGAGCCGCAACGAGAAGAAGCGCGACGCUAAGCGCGCCGUUCGAUGGGGCAUGGAACUUGCUAACUUAACCCCUUCCCAAAUUAAGCUUAUUCUCAGGGUGACCUCCCUCAAGCCCGAGGUUUAUGAGGCUUUAAUGUUGGUUAAGAGAUUAAGUCGUGAUGUUAGAGAAGGAAGACGUAGACAGUUCAAUUACAUAGGAAAACUCCUGCGAGAAGUAAACCCUGAGUUAAUGGAUGACUUAAUUCAGGCAACCAAAGUUGGAGACACUGAAAAGUUGAGGAAUUUGUGUGGUUCGCAGACCCAGGCAGUUGAAAGUGACGGCGGAACAUUAGAAGAAACUGAAGAUGAAUAUGAGGAAGAGGAAUCAGAGACUUGCAUUUCUGUUGCUUCUAGAUGGCUUGACGGGUUGAUCAGUAAGGAUAUUGAAGUUACGAAUGAAAUUUAUUCACUUAAUCAUGUUGAUUUUGACCGCCAGGAGUUAAGAAGGCUUGUUAGGAAAGUACACAUCUUACAAGAGAGGCAGGAAAGUUUGGAAUCAGAAGAAAAAGUUCGAGAGGUAAAUGCCAAUGUUUUUGGUGCCAAAAGGUCCCUUACUCGGUUCCUUCAAAGAGUUGCAAAGCAGAUUCCGGCCGAGUAGGUGAAUUGUCAACAUUAACGGCAAGUUGGACUCUCUACGUCCCCAGGCUCCGGGAAGGGAACUUUUCGGGUGCUUAAUUUUCUCCAAGAAAGGAGAGAGAUUGAAAGAAAAAUCAUUUUCUGAUGGUCAGCUGUUGUUAGUAUCCAUAUCUCCCUAGCUAGUAUUAUAAAUUUAUUACUAGAUUCUAUCUGCAGCCCGAGCCAAACAAGUUCAAAAACAAAAGACUACCUACAUUUCUUUCCC